AUGUCUCAGAAAAUGUACAAGCGCAAUCACCUGAAAGGCCAUACGGCCAUCGACACAUCGCUCUUCGUGAAGCUUGGUGUGGUUGUGCCUCUCACGAGCGAGGCUGCCGCAUCAUUGUCUACUCACAUUUUUGCAGAGCUGAAAAAUGCUCUCUCGCUCUCCGACGGAAUUGGCAGGCGACAUAAAGUCUUACUGCUCCAAAAUACUGGGAAGUCUGCCGAAGAUGUUGCGCCUGAAGUUUCGUCGACUGAGGAUGUCGAGAGCCUAACAAACCGACCUGGUGCGUGCGAAAUGGUGCAGUCUAUGAAGGCUGCGCUUUACUUCGACAACACGGACGGGUUCGGAGAGUGGCGAAUCCUCAUAUCUACGGAGGCCUACAAAAAAUUGCGUGAAUUCCGUAGAGCAGAUCAGAAGACAUUCAAGAUCGUCUUCAAGAAGAUCAAACAACUUUCGAAUGGCCAUUUUUCAAAUGAUAAUCACAAGCGACUUAAUAGGCCGGAUGCAGGCAUACCCAUCUACGAUGCCAAUAUGACAAAGGACCUGCAAUUAGUGAGCGAGGCGACCGACCUUUUCUCACAGUACCAGAUCAAUUGUGUCCCUAACCAGGAUGGAAAGUAUACGGCAUUUAUACGCAUGUACAACUUGGCAAAGUAUGGGAUGCCUUGGGUAACCAUCUCGCACGCAAGGGCAGAGAAUAUCAUAGAAGGCGAGGACCUUUUUCGGGUCUUGAUGCAAUUCAGCGUUCCAGCAUGUCUCAUCGCAAACCAAGACGUAGAGCACGUCUUUAAGCUCACACCACAAGAACAAAAUAUUGUCGAGUGCACCACGUCAAGUUACGUCUUGGGUCGCAGCGGCACAGGAAAAACCACGACAAUGUUGUUCAAGAUUCUCGGUAUUCAGCGAGCUUGGGAAAUGAGUGCCGUCGACAUGCCGAAGCCAUGCCAAAUCUUCGUCGCCAAAUCCAGAGUGCUCGCUACGAGAGCGGAGGAGUAUUUUACAAAGCUUCUCGAAUCUCUGGCGUUAGCAGGCUAUACCCUGGAGGAACUUGCAAAAAUGAAGGCACGAAGUGUUCAGGAGGGCCUUGUUGAUCUCGACGACCUGCCAGAAUCACAGAUGAAUAUACCCAUGAAAUACAGCGAACUUGAGGACAAGCACUUUCCCCUUUUUGUAACUUUCGAUCGACUGGCGAAAAUGGUCGCAACAGAUAUCUUAAGCAAGAAAGAUAGCGCAGGACUUUUCUUCAAUGUGGACGAUGCUGAGGCGCAAGAUUGUUUCGUCACCUAUGACGUAUUCGCGAAUCAAUACUGGCCUCAUUUUCCACAGAAUCUCACUAAGAAUCUUAAUCCGUGGUUGGUUUUCAGCAAAUUCAUGGGGAUUGUCAAAGGCUCCGAACACGCGCUGACUUGUCAAGGAGUUCUCGAUCGCCCAAACUACAUCCGUCUUCCUCAUCGUUCUUACCCAAAUUUUGCUAAUCAGAGGGAAAUGAUAUAUGACAUCUUCGAGCAUUAUAUGAAAAUUAAGAGGCAGCGACGUCAUCAUGAUGUUGCAGAUCCGGUCUUGCAGAGCCAGAGGUUCCCUGGCCAACAUAUUGAUUAUAUCUAUGUGGACGACGUACAAGACAUCCUUCUGAUCGAUGCACUCUUUUUGAGGCAAUUAUGCGGGAAUCCAGACGGUUUGUUCUGGGCUGGUGACACCGCACAGACAAUCUCUGCAGGAAGUUCCUUUAGAUCGAAUGGUGGCAUUGUCAACUGCGCGAAUUCUGUGAUCGAACCCAUCACAAAAUUUUGGCCCAACACAAUCGAUGGUUUCCGGCAAGAAAAAGAGGUGGUUGUUCUUCUUUGGGGCGAGGAUUCUUCUAGCGGUAGUCACGUUGAGUUCGGAGCCCAGCAAUGCAUUCUCGUGCGUGACGAUGCAGCACGUCAGAAGUUACGAGACCAAGUUGGUCAAAUUGGACUAAUUAUGACGCUUUAUGAGAGCAAAGGCCUGGAAUUCAAUGAUGUGCUGCUGUACAACUUUUUCGAGGAUUCUGCUGUAGAUCUGUCGCGAUGGCGCAUAGUUCUCAAUGGGGUAGAUGGUCAAAGAUAUGCACCAAACUUUGAACGAGAUGAGGCGCGAUACGCGGGGAUAUUCUGGACGUCUCGCAACCAGAUCGAGAAUUGUACCCCCGGCACCGAUGUCCCUCGUCUAGCCGUCUCCUCGACUCCAGAAGAAUGGGCAUCCUUCGGGCGCUCACUAUUCUCGCACAAGCGCUACUUGCAGGCUAUCCACUGCUUCGAACGUGCCAACCUUCGUCGUGAAGUGAAGGUUUGUGAAGCAUAUCAAUUCCGAGAAGUCGCACGUUCUAGUGUCGGAGUAGCCUCACUCAGCGACCAAAAAAAGCUUUUAACGGCGACCGCGACAGGAAAUCAGAAGCUUCAAUACUAUCGUAACUCGGCGGAUUGCUACGUUCGAGCAGGAGAUGAUCUUAAAGCUGCCAAGGCCUAUUUGAAUACUCAAGAGUUCGAGCAAGCAGCGAAAAGACAUCGCAAGGCUGGACGGUUUGACAAGACCCUCCAUGUCCUUCAUGACCAUGGCACGGAUAUACCUGAUGAGACCAAGACGGAGUUAUGGACUGUGUGCAGACUGUUUUACUGCAUCAGGAACAACGCUCAGGCUCCCUUGCCCCUCUUUUCCACAUUUUAUGAACAACUCGAAUUUCUGGAGGACUAUGAUCUUGAUUACGCUCGUGCCUCACUGCUUGAAUCUCACUCGAUGUACUAUGAGGCUGCAGAGCUUCACUUGUCAGAGAACAGGCCCUUGCAAGCUGUCCGGGCAUUCAUCAAGGACGAAAGCAACGUCAAUUCUACUCUUCAUGCGGCCGAUACUAUAUUGGAAUACUUCUGGCGCAAAUGCUCCUUCAAAAUCACGUCAAAAUCCGUUGUUGAUGAGCCAAUGCGGCAUUUCAUGGCUAUCGCUGAUCAGCUGGAGACGAACAAACCAACGCUGACCACGUGUGAUUUAAUAUCGAUGUUUCAAAACAUCUUGCGCGGAAAUCAUGAGCCGUUGAGAAAUCUUGCGCUUAACUUUGAUAAACAGAAUAACAAGCCAGCAGUCCUCAUUUGCCUGGACCAUAUAUUCUCUCGGACCACAGAUAUUCGAGCUUUCACGGUAGAUGAGAUGCAACAGUUCCUUCAACAAUUUCACGCCUAUGCGCGACUGCUCUAUCUGAUUUCGACCUUCCCUGACCCCAUGGAGCAUAGGGGUAUUCAGAGACUAUUCUCCAUCGUGCGGUUGUCCGGUGAUGAGUUUCUCAUACCAGAUGGAACGUUCCUCCACAACAACGUGAUGGAAAUCCGCCAGGGCAUCGCUUGGGUAUCGGAACAUUCAUCCGGGUACACAGCUUCUCGUAGAGUCGUCACCCAGCUGCUACAACAAUCCAUUCGAACGAUCUUGAAAGACAAAAUAUCGGAGAUCGAUGAUAUGUGCUGCAAAUCUCCCGUUUUCUCUCAAUGCCUGGAAUUCUUGAUAUCCGGAUAUUACAACAACCGUGUUGCCAUCCACAUUUGGCAGAUUCUGAUUUUGCAAUUAAUGUAUUCCGCUCACCCAUACAUUGAGCGACACAAAAGCAUGAGGCACUGGCUCAAGCAUCUUUAUGAGGCUAUCAAUCCACCCUUAUUCAUUCAAGGUUCCCCUGCGGACCUUGACAUGAACCUGAUGCCUCUUCGUCUGGAUGGCAUGAAAGUGGUGAAGCUCUGGAUCCGCGAAUCCUUCUACUCGCUCUAACCAUCCCA